AUGACGGGAAAAAGCGAUACCGUUAAGGCAGGGAACGCCUGCCCAGCCACCGACGCCAACGAUACCAACUACGCCAACUACGCCACCACCGACUCGUCCACGCUCUCGUUGCCCGACCCCGAAAAGCAAUCACCGCCCUCCAGCUCCAGCGACACCAUCCCCACCCACACCGCCCAUGAUGACAUCGAAGCCGCCCACAAUGACACCACCACCACCAGGUCCCAACCCGCAUACGGCACCACCACCACCACCAAUAACAACAACAACAACAACAACAACAACGAAAAGAACCAACCCCCCUUCGACGAUGCUGAUUUACCCACAGCCGCCGCCCUAACUCUGCACCCCUCAACAGCAACCACAAUCGACUUCCCCGAGGGCGGCCUGACAGGCUGGCUGGUGGUGCUGGGAUCUUUCUGCGCGAUGCUGUCGCUAUUCGGGCUGAUCAACUCGGCGGCCGUGUUCGAGUCGUACUUUUCGACGCACCAGCUGGCGCACAAGACGGCGUCCGAGAUUGGGUGGAUCUUCAGCCUGUACCUGUUUAUCGUGUUUUUUGUGGGGAUCCAGGUCGGGCCGUUCUUUGAUCGCUUUGGGGCGCGCGUGCCGGUGGCGGUGGGGGGCGCGUUGAUCUUUUUGAGUUUGUUGUUGUUGAGUUGGUGUGAUGAGUAUUACCAGAUCAUCCUCACUUAUUCGGUGAUGGGUGGGUUGGGGGGUGCGAUGUUGAACAGUCCGGCUUAUGGAGCCAUUGCACACUUCUUCAACGCGCGUCGGGGACUGGCUACGGGGAUUGCAUCGACCGCCGGCGGCGUCGGCGGCGUAGUGUUCCCCGUAUUGCUUAGGGAGCUGCUGCCCAAUGUCGGGUUUGGCUGGAGUUGUCGCAUCCUAGCCUUUAUCAUGCUCGGCCUGGCGAUCCCCUCGAAUCUCUUCAUCAAGACGAGGCUGCCGCCCGCCAGGGGCCCUGAUGGCCGGCCCAAGGUGCAGUCGGUCUGGCCCGACUUUAGCGUCUUCAUGGACGCCCGGUUCGCGUUUGCCUCGAUCGGCAUUUUCUUCAUGGAGUGGGGUCUGUUCAUCCCGCUGACAUACAUCGUCUCAUACGCCGCCGCCAACGGACAGGAUGCGACCGAAAGUUAUUUACUUCUGUCGUACCUCAAUGCCGGGUCGGUCCUCGGGCGAGUCCUUCCCGGGUUUCUCGCCGACCGCCUCGGCCGGUUCAACGUCAUCAUCGUUACCAUCACACUGUGCGUCAUCACGGUUCUGGCGAUAUGGUUACCAGCGGGCACAUCGGAAGCGGUACUGAUCGUGUACGCGGUACUUUUUGGAUUCGCAAGCGGGAGUAACCUGGGCCUGGUGCCCGUCUGCCUGGGGCAGCUGUGCGAUCACCGGCAGUACGGCCGCCUCUUCUCGACUGCCAUGAUGGUUGCAAGUUUUGGAACCCUCAGCAGUGUCCCGAUCGGCGGCGCAAUUUUGGAUUCCGGAUCGAAUUCUUGGACAUACUUAAUCAUCUUCGCGGGCGUGUCGUAUGUCGUUGCGUUGGGGUGCUACACCGCCGCCCGCGUGCUUGCUAUUGGAUGGAGCCCGCGGAAGAUUUUCUAG